UCAAUUUGUCACGUUUCGUCGUUUAUCAGAAUAUUCCAAUUUUUUUCAUUUUUUGAUGCAGAUGUUUUGCAUCCUUUCAUAUUAAAGAUGUUGCCAGUUCAUACUUUAAAUAGUGGGCAACAAAUGCCAGGGAUUGGACUGGGAACAUUUCAGAUGAAGCAGGUGUCAGGGGACGAUUUAGUUCACAGAACUAUUGAAACAGCAUUCCAGUGUGGCUACAGGCUUAUUGAUACUGCUGCUGUGUACCAGAAUGAGGCAAAUAUUGGAGAGGCAUUGAAAAAGCUAUUGCCCAAGUAUAGUCUCUCCAGAUCUGAUAUCUUCAUAACAAGUAAACUUUCUCCCAGAGAUCAUGGUUUUGAAAACACGGAAAAGGCUUUCAUGAAGUCCUUAAAGGCACUAGACUGUGAAUAUCUUGACCUGUAUCUCAUACACUGGCCUGGUGUUCAAAAACUCAAGAGUGAUGAUCCUAGGAAUGCAGAGCUGAGACAAGAAAGUUGGAAAGCAUUAGAGAAACUUUAUAGCACUGGUUUAGUCAAGUCAAUUGGAGUAUCAAACUACACUGUAGAUCAUCUGGAAGAACUUCUUCAAUUUUCAACUGUCAUGCCUGCUGUUCUACAGGUAAUUUUCCAAGGCACAAGCUGUUGCUAUCUUUCUGAUGAUUCAUAUGUAAACUUAAUGAUAGAGUCAAGGUGGCCUAAUUUAAAACCUCAUAUUUUUAUUGACGUAAUUUUCAUUAUUAAUUGUUCGAAGCUUUUGGAGGAAACAACUGUGCGUGCCCUGGCUGCACAGCACAGCAAAUCAACAGCUCAAGUGCUUCUGAAAUGGGCUCUUCAGCAUGAUGUUGGGGUUAUUCCAAAAUCUGUUAAAGCUCAACAUAUUAAAGACAAUAUCUUCCUCGCCGACUUCCAUCUUUCUCAACUUGACAUGGAGGCCCUUGGCCGUAUGCACACCAAUUCCCGUUUCUGCUGGGACCCCACGAAAGUGAAAUGACUUCGGACAAAUUUUCACGUGGAAGCACAUAAACAAGAAAGUGGAAGUCGAUCAAAUCACACAGAAAUAACAAGAAAUUUUACGAGUUGCUCCAUGAAAUUGACUUGAUGAUCAACCUGGUGAGCUUUCAACUCCCAUGCCAAACGGCAUCCGCAUCCUCAUUAAUUAUCUACUUUGGAAUUACUGUAAUUCACUUGUGAGAAAAAGUUUAGUGGAAACUCGUGUACACUAGAGUGGGACAGGUGGAUGAAAGGCACUGAAAAACAGCUUUAUCUAAGAUCAGAAAGUUCCCCGAUCUUCAUUACCCAACAAAUUGAAUGGGUUGCUCCAUGAAAUUGACUUGAUCAUCAGGAAGCUUUCAAAUCCCAUGGCAAACGAUAUCCACAACCUCAUUAAUUAUAUACUUUGGAAUUACUGUAAUCAUUUGCGAGAAAAAGUUCAGUAGAAACAGAUGUACACUAGAGUGGGGCGGGUGGAUCAAAGGCACUGAAAACAGCUUUAUCUAAGAUCAGAAAGUUCCCUAAUCUUCAUCACGCGACCAAUUUAACCCAAAUUUAUCACUCUUUUCCGGGCGUAAUUUACAAAUGCUAAGGAGGUGACUAGUAUAGCAAUUGUCCAACAGGACGUUACUUAUAUUAUCGCUUUCAUCAUAAACAGGACCACUUGUCCUUCACAGUUCUGCUCAGCGUGCUAGUGAUAAAGGCUGUGAAAACAAUACUUUCAUUAAAGUAUCAUGUUGAUAGGAUACGAGAUGAAAUCCGCACCAAGUGCCGGAAAACUCUUUACUAACA